ACGCCUAGCUAGCUACCCCUUCUUCUUCUUCGCUACAUCUCUCUGUGUUUAAUUCUUUCUCAUACAUUUCUUUUUUCAUUCAAGAAUUACAGUCUGGAAUUAAAGGCUAGCAAUGAGAAAGCCUUGCUGUGAUAAGCAAGACACAAACAAAGGAGCUUGGUCUAAGCAAGAAGAUCAGAAACUCAUUGAUUACAUUCGAAAACAUGGCGAAGGUUGCUGGCGAACCCUCCCACAAGCUGCAGCAGGUCUGCUUCGCUGCGGCAAAAGUUGUAGGCUGAGAUGGAUAAACUAUCUUAGGCCAGACCUUAAAAGAGGCAAUUUUGCUGAAGAUGAAGAAGAUCUUAUCAUCAAGCUUCAUGCUCUUCUAGGAAACCGGUGGUCAUUAAUAGCAGGGAGAUUGCCAGGAAGAACUGACAAUGAAGUAAAGAAUUACUGGAAUUCUCAUUUAAGAAGAAAGCUAAUAAACAUGGGAAUUGAUCCAAACAAUCAUAGAUUAAACCAAAAUCUCCCUCGUCCUAUUAAUCAUAAAUCAAACCUACAAGACUCAGCAAGUGCAACAUCUUCAGGGUUGAACAAAAGUAAAACAAAAUUACCUCUCAGUACUAGUAAUAAUAACAAUGACAAUGAGCAAGCAUCUGAUGCAGCAAGUUGUUUAGAGGAUAUUGGCCGUACAUCUGGCUUAAUAUUGCCAGACCUAAAUCUUGAGCUUACAAUCAGCAUUCCUUCUUCUUCUUCUUCUUCAGCUGCCAAUAACAUCGUUGAAGACAAUAAACACAAAAUCAUAAAUACUAGUCAGGAGUCUAAAUUAUCCAAGAAACGUGAAGUUGCUUCACCUACACUUGUCCUCUUUCAGUAAUAUUGCUGUGAAAGAUUAAGUUUUGUAAAUCUUUGAUCAUUAUUAUUGUUUGAGGAAAUAUCAGAAAAAUUAAAAGGCCAUCGAUCCAUUUCAGAUCUCUCAAUUGGAUGAAUUAAUUCAAUUAGUUAUGUACAAACUUUAUUUUAGUGUUAACAUUCUUGUUAAUCAUCCAUCAAUUGUUGUUAAUUAAUAAGAGAUUGCAUGGUUGUCAAUGUGUGUUGAAUCAAAAUAUGUCUUUAUGCUUUCAAUUUUGUAACUAUUUGUAGUUUUAGUUCUUGAA